GAUCCUGGCAGCGGCCAUCCUCCAGUAUCCCAGGAGGCUGUGCGUUUUGCAGCCACCAGGCCGAGCUCGGGGUGUAGCUGCAAAUUGGUGACGGUGGGUGGGAAAACAGAGCAGGCCGACGGUAACCGGGGAGAGCGUGGGCCGCGCGUGCUCCUAACUGGAGGAAGGAUUCUUUAAAUAGAGAUAAGUCCCCUGGACAAGUGAGCAUCGACCCGGCUGCAGCUUCCCCCUCUUCUCCACUCCAUCCCCGGCACCUUCAAUGGAAGCGGAAAAGAUGUCGGCGAAAAGCUUUCGCGUCAGCGACGGGGACUGGAUUUGCCCCGAUAAAAAAUGUGGAAAUGUCAACUUUGCAAGAAGAACAAAUUGUAACAGAUGUGGGAAAGAAAGAACAUGUGAAGCUAAACUCAUGAAGGCUGGAGGAACAGAAAUUGGAAAAACUCUUGCAGAAAAGAGCCGUGGCCUUUUCAGUGCCAAUGAUUGGCAGUGCAAAACCUGUGGGAAUGUGAAUUGGGCACGAAGAUCAGAGUGCAACAUGUGUAACACUCCUAAAUAUGCCAAAUUAGAAGAAAGGACUGGAUAUGGAGGUGGAUUUAAUGAAAGAGAAAAUGUUGAGUACAUUGAACGUGAAGAAUCUGAUGAUGAAUAUGAUGAGUUUGGAAGGAAGAAAAAGAAAUUCCGUGGAAAGCCAGUUGGACCCAAAACCAUCUUGCAAGAAGAAAUUGAAAGUGAAAAAGAUGAUGAGGAUGAUGAUGAGGAUGGGGAUCUCUCCAAGUACAAACUUGAUGAUGAUGAUGAUGAGGAGGAUGGUGAUCUCUCAAAGUAUAAUCUAGAUGCAAGUGAAGAUGAAAAGAAGCCUCCCAAAAGCAGGAGUCGCUCCAAGUCACAUUCAUCUCGAUCUUCUUCAUCUUCCACUGCUCAUUCCAGUUCAAGGUCCAGGUCCAGGACCAGAAGUUCUACCACUUCCAGAUCGAGGUCACGUUCCAGCUCCAGAGGUCAAUCUAGAUCACCCCGGUCGAAGUCAAGCUCUAGAUCACGCCGGGGAUCUUCAUCUCCAAGGAAGAGAUCUCGCUCAAGUUCUCGAUCAUCAUCAUCCUCUGAAAGAGGCAAAAAAAGAAGCCGUUCCAGGUCCUCAACCUCAAGUGGCCGCAAAAAAACUAGACGUUCUGACUCAAGAUCUUGGUCUGCAGAAAGGCGCAGUGGGUCGUCUUCUGGAUCCUCUCAUUCAGGCUCCCGUUCAAGUUCUAAACAGAAAUAGCCUUUUAACAUCUGCAGUUUUUAAAAAGUUCAGUAAUUUCUGGAAAAAUGCAUGAAACUUAUUUUAAAGUUAUUAGUGUCUUGAGCAAAUCCACCUGAGAUAUUGUGAAAACAUUAAACAAAAUUGGGCAACUGUUCUGAUGAGAUCUUGCUGAUGUAAUCUUAAACCAAUUGUUGCUUUUGAGUGUUGGAAUUGUAUUCUAGUCUAUUAAAUUAGUAUAUUAAGCCAUAAUUUCUUCCAUAUGGGGAAAACUGAUUUUGAUGAAUUUUAGUUACAAGGGCUGUGAAGGCGAGUGAGUUUUGAAGUGUACGUUAUGCUGUAGGUAUAGAGAUGUAUACAUUAUAAUGCAGAAGGUCUAAGUACAGGUCGUCUUUAGAGCAGGAGAAUCUUUUGAAGGUAUAAUAAAUUCUAGGGGAGUAUUUGUUCAAAUUACUUUACCACAAUGAAUCAGGAUACAGUAUUUGACAUAACAAUUUUGUUUGAUAUUUUUGUUAAAUCAGUUCUUAUAAGAAUUCAGAGCCUCAAUCAGGGCUCUCUUUAAGUUUUAUUAGAGAUCCUUAUGCUUUCCACAGGAAAUGCAGGACAGAGCAACUUCACUUUGACUUAGGAAAUCUGCAUUGCAAGCAAAUAAUGUAGUUUCCAGAAUCCUGGAACUCGAGCCAGUUUAGAUCCACUGCGCCUGCUGAUGUCUAUAAAAAUACACUCUGUGAUAUUCAACAAUAUUACAUACUUGAAAUUUAGAGGUGUUUACUGAGUUUUCACUAUACAUUUUUCCACAUCGCCCAAACUUCUUGUGCCUUGUGCUGAUUUCAUUGCAGCUUCUUACUUAGCGUAUGGGCAGAGAAAUUGCAGCAAUCAGCAUUCUUAUGAUCUUCAGUUCUGGGUUAGGUUCAAUUAUCUUUUAAUGUCUUAGAAAUAAAAAUCUACAUUUAGAAUUUUUUUGGUUGAGGGAAAAAAUGUGUAGAAUUCAUAUAACAUUGGCUUGUUCACAUUCCUCUUCGCAUUUUUAAAUCUGUUUUGGGCUGGAUGUAGGUGUAAGUGCCAAAGUGAAAAAGACUUAAGCAAUUUUGAAUGCAGUUUUUGGUGUACAUCACAGCAACUAUUAUUUGCUGUUGGUCAGUUGAACACAAAGCCACAACUCUUGUUCAGAAAUUAAUAAAUGUAAUGCUGUUGUGGGUAGGAUCUUCCAGGACAGAAUUACAGAUUCACUUUUGGGACUGACUGAAGAUGGUGAAUGGCUUUUGGUAGCUCCCUCAAGAUCUAAUCUAAUAAUGAGAAAGCAUUGUAUUUGCAUAUUGGCCGAUUAAGCAUAAAUGCCAAAAAUAUGGAAUAUUCCCAAUAGUUGAACCAUUAUUUUUUGAAUAUAAUAGUGCAUUUUCAGUCUGCGAGCUCUUUUAAUAUCUUUGAAGCAUUGGGUUUGGUGCUCAAAAAUUGUGGAUUUUUAAAAAUCCAAAUAUAAAUAAUGUAUCAGUUGUCUUCCAUCUUGAUGAAUUAUUAUGGCUUAAUAUACCUCUCAUCUUAAACCUGGUUACAGGAAAAUAAUUGCAUCGUCAAACAAAAGGUCUACUUUUCAGAACUCAUGGGAAUUUCAGCUAUAGUAGAUGGUAGAGGAAGGUAAGUAUACAGCAAAAGUUCUAACAUUAUUUGUACUUAGCUAUACAAAUUGUAUUUUUGGUGCAAAUGUGGACAUUGUUUAUAAUGGGUCUUUAUUUUCAGUUUAUUUUUGUUUGGUUAUGCAGGCACCAGAAAUCUUAGGCAAAUAAUGGUUGGCUUUUUCUUUUGAGGAUUUUGUUAUUUAAGUGGUCUAUUACUUAAGAUUUUGCAGUUUUAAUCUCUUUAACGCCUUCUUUCAGAGCCAACAUGUCUACACGUCCAUUUGUACUUGUAGCUCGUAUAAAACCAACUUGAGGAACAUGUGACCAAUAUUUAUUGCAGUGUUUUGGGAUUCAGCUCUGGAAAUAUUAGAAGAUCUGAUUUGUGCAGGAUUCCUCUGAAUGUAGAGUUUCAGUGUAACUUUUGUGGGCAACACAAUUUUCAUAGUGACAUUGCUGUCAUAGUUAAAUUUACAGGAUUACAUGAAGGAGUGUAAAUUAAUAGUGACUUUCAUUUUGUAUUUUCAAUACUUUCAAAGCCAGUUAAGUUCUACAAAAUUUUGUGUCUCUUUAAACUUUACCUAUAAUAGUCUCUGUCUCUAUUUCAAGAAAAUUUAGCUGAGGUCACUUAAUUUGAUCUAAGUUGGUAUGUUGAUCAGUCGUAAGGUUUGGAUUUUUUAAAUGGUCGAAGUGACAAUUAACUUAAGGUCAUCAGCUUGUUCAUCUAGCCCUGUGUAAUAGUUUUCAUCUGAAACAAGAAAACACUUUGUAGACCAUGUGUAUGUAAAUAAAUCUUCAGUGGUACGUUAUCCAAUGUCAUGUUCAAGCACCAAUAAA